AUCCCACAGGAAAUUAAUUUAUUUUUCACGUUUUUAUAUUUUGUCACUGCGAUUUAUUUUCGUUUCCACCUAGCACAUUCUAAAAAUUGAUACGCUGCAAUCUGUUGUGCAUGGUGUUGAUGGUGUAAAGCAGCGUGUUUGAACACGAUCGGAGCCGUCAUGCUGCAGGGCCUCGCGCUGCGAUACGCCAGCAGGCUGCAGGCCUGCGUCGCCCGUGUGCACCCCGUCAGGACGUCCGCGCGGCCGUUUGCGCUGUUCUCCUCGCGAUUUGCGGAGUCCCAUGGGCACGGGACGGGGCAGGGCAGUCAGCACGAACAUCAGACCGGCGGCCACGAUGAUCACCACCACGACCACCACCACGACGAUCCCUACGCCAGCUGGUACGAGGAUCCGCCCAGCAACCUCGUCUUCCGCUCCUCCCGCCUCAAAAUACCCUUCUACAUCGGCAAACCCCCGGAGAUGAGCUACCGUGUGCCCUGCAACACGGACCACUGGCAGAUGCACUGGCAGGGCUGGAUGAUCGGCGUGCUGAUGUGGUGGUCCAUUUUGUAUGGAUUCUUCUCCGAACCGGAGCAUCUUUUUGGCCACUAUCACCAACCGGAUCGUCGGCAGUGGACGGACGAGGAGCUGGGCAUUCCGCCGCUGGACCAGUUCCCGCUGGAUCCGCCGCCCUUCCGCGCGGAGCCCUUCGUUCCGUCACGAUAAAAACGGGCUAAAGUAGAACGGGCUGUGUUUUCUGUAGAUUAUGCUAUGCAGGUUUUGUCGUCUCGUCGGAUAACGAUGCACUGGAUUCGUGUCUGUUAUAGCUGUUUUCUUUUUGCUGGAUUAUGACGAAUUAUAUCGCGGAAUGCGGCGGGAAAAUUCAGUAGAUUAUUUCGCAAGUUGCAUAGUGUUUAUUAUUCAUUGAAUAGAAAUUUCCAUUCAAACAAGUACUCGCAUAGCUUGCAUUUCGUGCAUCCGAAAUUCCGAAUGUAGUAAAUGUAUAAAGACAAUGAAGACUGACAAUCGA